AUGAAGCUCUUUGUGGGACUCAUUCUUCUUCUAAACAUUUCCAUCGCUUCUGCUUUGAGAUGCUACACUUGCACUUUGACCGACCCCGGAUCUUGCACCGACACCAAGUCCUGCCCCGUGAUUUUCAACCGCUGCUUCUCCCUGAGAGCUGAAGGUUAUGACGUGGUUACAAAGGGGUGCCAGACCAGCAUUGCGUGUGUCGGUUCGAUUGCGUGUUGUGAAGGAGACUUGUGCAACGGAGCUCUGCAUGUGACCGGCCCUGGGCUCGUGCUGCUGCUCCUCUCCUCCACGGCCAUCACCUUCUUUUUCUAA